GAGGAGGGCCAUGCUGAGGACCCAGAGACCCUGACCCUGCUGAAGGGGUUGGAGAAGCACCGGCAGAUGGCCUGGGAGACAGCAGCCCUGGAAGAGGGCUCCCUGGGAUGAGCCCUGACGCGGGGAAACCAGCCAAUGGGACUUGGGUCUGGACACCUGUUGGAGCUCGUCCUUGCCCAGGGCAGAGCCGGACGGCUGCUGGAGACUCUGACCGCUGCACCUUCACCACAGCCCAGACCCUUGGCGCCAAGUUCGGCUACGGGAUUAGGGGUGAACAUGGUUCGCACCUGUCGUGAAGCCCGCCCCCCUCUCGAUGACCUGGUAGCCAGCACCGUGCGGAUGUCUUGUUUUCCGACGGCCCAGCCUCCGGACCCUGGAGCGGCGCACGGGGCCAUGGCCCUGCUCCCCGGGCCCGCGGAGCCCACGGGCCCCGAGCCCCCGGUUGGCGGCGGCGGCGGCGAUGGCGGUGGCGGGGCCCGAGCCCGGCACGUCAUCAUCAACGUGGGCGGCUGCAGGGUGCGCCUGGCCUGGGCCGCGCUGGCCCGCUGUCCCCUGGCGCGCCUCGAGCGCCUCCGCGCCUGCCGCGGCCACGACGAGCUGCUGCGCGUGUGCGACGACUACGACGUGAGCCGCGACGAGUUCUUCUUCGACCGCAGCCCGUGCGCCUUCCGCGCCAUCGUGGCGCUGCUGCGCGCCGGGAAGCUGCGGCUGCUGCGCGGCGCGUGCGCCCUGGCCUUCCGCGACGAGCUGGCCUACUGGGGCAUCGACGAGGCGCGCCUGGAGCGCUGCUGCCUGCGCCGCCUGCGCCGCCGCGAGGAGGAGGCCGCCGAGGCGCGCGCGGGCCCGGCGGAGCGCGGGGGCCCCGGCAGCCCGGCCUGCGGCCCUGGGCCCGGCGGCGGGCGGCUGGCGCGCGGCCGGCGGCGCCUGCGCGACGUGCUGGACGACCCGCGCUCGGGCCCGGCCGGCAAGCUCUUCGCCUGCGUGUCCGUGGCCUUCGUGGCCGUCACGGCGGUCGGCCUCUGCCUCAGCACCAUGCCCGACAUCCGCGCCGAGGAGGAGAGGGGCGAGUGCUCCCCCAGGUGCCGCAGCCUCUUCGUGCUGGAGACGGUGUGCGUGGCCUGGUUCUCCUUCGAGUUCCUGCUGCGCUCGCUGCAGGCUGAGAGCAAGUGUGCCUUCCUGCGGACACCGCUCAACAUCAUCGACAUCCUGGCCAUCCUGCCCUUCUACGUGUCGCUGCUCGUGGGCCUGGCGGCGCGGCCGGGCGCGGGCGGCAGCAAGCUGCUGGAGCGCGCGGGGCUGGUGCUGCGGCUGCUGCGCGCGCUGCGCGUGCUGUACUGGAUGCGCCUGGCGCGCCACUCGCUGGGGCUGCGCUCGCUCGGCCUGACCGUGCGCCGCUGCGCGCGCGAGUUCGGGCUGCUUCUGCUCUUCCUCUGCGUGGCCAUGGCCCUCUUCGCGCCACUCGUGCACCUGGCCGAGCGCGAGCUGGGCGCGCGCCGCGACUUCUCCAGCGUGCCGGCCAGCUACUGGUGGGCCGUCAUCUCCAUGACCACCGUGGGCUACGGCGACAUGGUGCCGCGCAGCCUCCCCGGGCAGGUGGUGGCGCUGAGCAGCAUCCUCAGCGGCAUCCUGCUCAUGGCCUUCCCGGUCACCUCCAUCUUCCACACCUUCUCGCGCUCCUACUCAGAGCUCAAGGAACAGCAGCAGCGCGCCGCCAGCCCCGAGCCCGCCCUGCGCGAGGACAGCACACGCUCCGCCUCCGCCACGGAGGACGACGGCUCACAGGGCCCCGACGGCGCCGGCCCGGCCGGGGACUCCGUGGCCGGGCCGUGGGCAUCCGCGGGGCCGCCCUGA